AUGUCUUCCAAAGGCUUAGAAAACAACGGCUCGGAGACCGAUAUCAAUAUCGUAGGCAACGACUUGCCCCCUUCAACCGGCGAGUAUCUUGGCUCGAUAGAACCUCACGUGUUCUCUAACCCACGACGCGCCGCUCAUUGGCAACAAAUUUACGAGAAUGCCACGUAUGAGGGAAGACACAGAUUCGAUGCUUCGCUUACAUGGUCAGCGGAGGAGGAGAAGCGCCUCAAGAAGAAGGUCAUGUUCUCAAGCCUCGAUCUGGUUCGGAGAAAUAUCAAUCGUGCCGUUUCGGAUAACAUGAUAUAUCUUGUCUGUUUCCUUGCAGCCGAACUUCCCGGAGGCCUUAUUAGCAAAAAGGUCGGCCCAUUCAGGUACACUCCUACCAUUAUUACAAUAUGGGGUACCCUAUGCACACUACAGGCGGCAAUGAACAGCCGAGCUAGCUUUUGGGCCUUCCGAGCUCUUCUCGGUUUUGUUCAAGGAGGCUUCAUCCCGGAAAUGGUCCUCUAUCUCUCGUACUUUUACAAGAACAACGAGCUUCCUAUACGGCUUAGUAUCUUUUACACUGUCAUUCCUAUUACCCAAAUCUACGGCGCCCUCCUCGCUGCUGGGUUUCUUGCCAUGAGAGGCAUUCGUGGUUGGGCCGGAUGGCAAUGGCUAUUUCUCCUCGAAGGUAUAAUAUGUGUCAUUAUCGGGGCUGUUAGCUUCUUCGUCAUGCCCCCUUCGGUCUGCGAGCCCGCACGUGCGUUCCGCCGCCCCGACGGAUCCAAUAAAUGGUGGACGGAACAGGAAGAAAAGAUACUCGUCAACCGCAUCCUCCGCGACGACCCUACCAAGGGCGAUAUGAACAACCGCACUGCCGUGACACUUAAGGGCCUCUGGGCCGCGCUCACCAAUAUUGAUCUGUGGCCCAUCUUUCUCGUCGGCAUCUUCGCCUGGAUACCGUUCCAGCCUACUGCGAAUUACCUUUCCCUCAUUUUGCGCGAGAUGGGUUACUCUGUGUUCCAGUCAAAUAUGCUAGCAAUCCCUAGCUAUGCCCUUUUCGCCAUUAAUGUUCUUAUCUUUGGCUGGUUAUCAGAACGUUUCAAGGAACGCUCCCUCAUUGCAUCAUGCAGCAAUAUCUGGAUGCUCCCCUUCUUUAUCGCGCUCGUCGCGCUUCCCGAAUCUGCUAGCCCCUGGGUGCGAUAUGUUCUUUUAACUGGCAUCAAUUCGAUCCCAUACACUCACUCCAUACUUGUUGGUAUGACGAGCCGCAAUGCUCGUAGUGUUGGGACGCGUGCAGUGUCUACUGCUGUGUACAACAUGACCUACCAAGUAGGUAGCAUAGGAGCAGUCAACAUCUACCGUGACGAGGAUAAACCCUACUAUUAUACUGCCAACAAAGCCUUGAUUGGAUUGUGUGUGGCAAACAUUUUGCUUUUCAUUGGUAUGAAGUUGUACUACAUCUGGCGCAACCGAGUGUUGGAAAGGAAGUACGCGGAAGCUUCGGAGGCGGAAAAGCAGACGGCCAUUGAUAUGCGCUUCGCACACUAA